CAAUGUCCAGUCACUCCGACGAUCAGUAGCAAGUGGAGCAGGGCUAUUUGGUGCUGAGAGGUUCUUCUCUCGAGUCCCGUCGACCAUCAUUCUAUUGUGUGGAGUCUGGAAGUAAUUAAAUAUCUAUCUUGGACCCGUAGUGAAGCAGUGCAGCUUUUCAAACUGCAGGCAAACUAGGUGCAUCUGAAGUCUGAACGUCUUUAUUCUGCUCUCAAUCAUGUCUUUCCAACGCACGGGAGUGAUGACCACUGUGGUCUUCAUGGUUGGCUUUCUCUUCAUGCUGACCACCAGCUCACUGGGCGUGGUCGCCCAAGAUGCACCCCUCUCUGCACCCCUUGACGACUCCUGGAUUACAAGCAUCAGGGAGUUCGUCAAGAGGCAGGCUAAUGAUCCCUCCGAGACUGGCCUCUCAGAGGUGACACCGUCACCCCUUGUUCCUUUAGAUGACGCCGAGCAAACCACCACAACAAAGAAGCCCAAGAAGAAGAAGAAAAAUAAGAACAAAAACAAGAAGAACAAGAAAAAUAAAAAGUCGACGCCGGCACCCAUGACGACGAUCUUGAAUUUAAUGGAAACGGAAGAGGUGGCUAUUCUGGAUAAUAAAGGCUUGAUGGGUGAGUCGCUGGGAGAAAACAUCACUUUAAGCGCCUACCCGGAGGUGGUGUAUUUGUUUGAGGGGCACAAUGAUACGAUCAUGUUCAACUUUACGAACCUGCUUGGACCUGUCAUCAUGAACUUUGAGAGUGAGAACGAAAAGAUAUUCACGGUAGUUAGUGAUGCGAGCGUGGUCUUUGACCCUGAGGAUCCAUCUUAUAAUGGAACCUUAGUGGUUACACUGAAAGGUCGCAAGGUAGACAUCACCAAACUGAUUGUACACGUUACCGAUAUGGAAGGUGAAGAUGUCUUUGAGACCCCGAUGACGUACGUUGUCAAAACGAAACGAGUUCCUCGCCUCAUCGACUCCAUAUUUGAUUUCCUCCUCCUACCUCUCAUUUUGAUCACCACAGCUGGUAUGGGAUGCAAGAUGGACUUCAUCAUCAUCCGUGACAAGCUCAAGAAACCAUUCCAGAUCCUGGUCGGUCCUGUCUGUCAGUUCAUCUGCCAACCAUUUUACGCCUUCUGUAUUUCCAAAGUUCUGAAGCUGAGCGGUAUCACCGCGGUCGGACUGGUCACAGUGGGGUCAUGUCCUGGCGGAGGAGUCAGCAACAUGAUCACUCUUCUUCUGGAUGCUGACCUCAUCCUCAGUGUUACCAUGACGUUCGUAUCCACCUGUCUGGCUGUCGCUAUGCUUCCUAUCAACAUGCUCAUCUACGCUCGUCACUUCUUGUCUGGAUCUGGAGAAGGUGGAGGAGUCAACAUCCCCUUUGCCAACAUCAUGAUCCAGAUCCUAAUGUUGACCGUACCCGUCCUGUUCGGAAUGCUCAUCCAUUACAAACUUCCUAAGGUUGCCCAUUAUGCCGUCAAGUCCCUCAAUGUUUUAUCACUCACCAUGGUGGGUACCACGCUCAUUGUAGGAAUCUAUUCUAACCUCUACAUCUUCAGUUCGGAAUGGCAAGUCCUGUUGGGUGCAUUUCUUCUACCAACAUGUGGAUACAUUACAGGAUUCAGCGUGUCAAAGUUCAUAGCUCGCUUCCCGAUGGAGUCUGCUCUAACGAUCAUGGUUGAGACAGGAGUUCAGAACAACCUGAUUGCCAUCUCAAUGAUCAAGCUCUCUUACCCUCAACCUGAAGCGGAUCUCAUGGCUAGGAUGCCUAUCUUCGUUGCUAUCUCAUCGAUCACCAUUGGUUUGAUCAUGAUCUGCCUCUCUAUACCUAUCAAUAGGAAGAGACGAGCAGAGAGGAAGCAGAAGGCCGAGGAGAUUAAAGAAUUAGACGACAGAUAUGACAAAUACGAAUUCGAACCAGCGAUAAGGAACGGAAGCACAAAAGCCACUACUAACGGUCAUUUCCCGACCACGCCCAUCUCUGAGGUACCCCCUUCAUACGAAGAAGCGGAGCCUUUCAUUACCCAGCAGAAAAUGGCCAAAGAAACAAUAGUGUAAUCAAUGAUCAUUCACUCUCUCAAUGCGACAUGUUGAGAUAUGAUAGAAACUUGUUACAAUCUCUAGACUCAGAUCUAGAUAGCCUCUGGGAAUUUCGAGUUUGAGGGAUGGAAGCGAACCUGCAUCACCAAUUUAGAGGUGGUAAUGAAUUCCAAAGUUAUUACAAGACGAGCUAUCCAAGCUCAUCUUUUCAUGACGAGCGUCAUGGAUUCGUCAAGGGAUGCUUCAUGUUCGGACAUCGUGCGGAGAAUGCUUUCAACACUGGGAAAUUAGAUGUCGCCUUGGAUUUGACUGCAUUCACCAAAAGAUACAUAUAUCCCAUGCAGGAGAUUGACUAAACAAUCAUUAAAUCACAUAUGCAAUCAUCCUGAGAAAACCAUGGAGAGAAUUUAGAUUAUUUUGCCAUUUAUACUGUGUAAUUUCAAUUAUUCGCAUGGUUCAUUUUGUAUAGAACCUUAUAUCGUUAUUCUCUUAUAAUAUUAAAAGUCGAAAAUUCGUAAUAUAUAUACAUUUGAUUGACAAAUUAAUAUAAAUGAAUACAUUCCAGUAUUUCACAGGGUCGAUACAAAAUAAAGUAGCAUGUAUGCCGGGAUGGCUUGAAUUGGUGAGAACGUACACUGUAAAAAAUAAUUUGGUCAUUGGUAAUUUUUACGUAUUUUUUCCAUGUAGAAUUUACUUGAAAACAUUAGU